UCCUCCACCACACCUCCCCACAGUCUCCUCUCAUUAUUACUGGGAGAUACCGUCUCUGUUGUCCUUCUUUAACCCUUGAAUCUCGAGCCUACUGCCUCAUUAUUCCUAUCGGCCGGGCUCUGGAAGCUCCAUAUCGCUGACUCGAUCGCAUCUGGCCAUGAAGGUCGCCGCCUCCGCCCUCCUUGUUGGAGCAGCAUCAGCAGCUGUUGCUCCCCAGCAGCAUGUCCUCAAGUUUCCCGAGCAGCUCAAGGAGCUGAACACGGAGUCAUGGACCAAGCCGCUCCACAACCUCGAAGAGUCGCUCAAGUCGCUCACUGGCGAAGCCCGCCGCAUCUGGGACGAAGUCGCCAUGAUGUUCCCUGAGUCGUUCGAUAAAGCCUCGUUCUUCUCGUCUCCGAAACCCCAUACCAAGCGGCCUGAUCAUGAAUGGGAUCACGUUGUCAAGGGCGCCGAUGUGCAGAAGGUUUGGGUCGAGAAUGCCAAGGGCGAGCAGGAGCGCGAGAUCGAUGGCAAGCUGGAGAACUACAACCUGCGUGUGAAGAAGGUUGACCCUAGCUCGUUGGGAGUCGAUAAGGUCAAGCAGUACAGUGGCUACCUGGAUGAUGAUGAGGAAGACAAGCAUCUCUUCUAUUGGUUCUUUGAGUCUCGCAACGAUCCCGCAAACGACCCCGUUGUGCUUUGGCUCAAUGGCGGGCCCGGCUGCUCCUCACUCAUGGGCCUCUUCAUGGAGCUGGGCCCGUCUUCCGUCACCAAGAAGCUCGAACUCAAGUACAACGAGUUCUCCUGGAACAACAACGCCUCCGUCAUCUUCCUGGAUCAGCCUGUCAACGUCGGCUACUCCUACAGCAGCGGAUCCGUGUCCAACACUGUCGCCGCUGGCAAAGACAUCUAUGCUCUCCUCACUCUGUUCUUCAAGCAAUUCCCCGAAUACUCUAAGCAAAGUUUCCACAUCGCUGGCGAGUCCUAUGCCGGACAUUAUAUUCCGGUUUUCGCGUCCGAGAUCCUCUCUCACAAGAAACGCAACAUCAACCUGCAGUCUGUGCUCAUCGGCAAUGGCCUCACCGACGGCCUCACGCAGUACGAGUACUACCGCCCCAUGGCUUGUGGAGAGGGUGGUUGGCCUGCGGUGUUGGAUGAGAGCUCCUGCCGUUCUAUGGACAACGCUCUUCCCCGCUGCACUAGUCUCAUCCAGAACUGCUACAAUUCCGAGUCAGUCUGGUCUUGCGUUCCUGCAUCCAUUUACUGCAACAACGCCAUGAUCGGCCCCUACCAGCGCACUGGCCAGAAUGUCUACGAUGUACGACGCAAGUGCGGAGACAACAGCCUCUGUUACGAUGAGAUUGAUUGGAUUAGCAACUACCUCAACAAGAAGGAGGUCAUAAAGGCUGUUGGCGCCGAGGUCAACACCUAUGACAGCUGCAACUUCGACAUCAAUCGCAACUUCCUUCUCCAAGGUGAUUGGAUGAAGCCCUAUCACCGCGUUGUUCCCAACCUUCUCAAGGAGAUCCCUGUCCUCGUCUAUGCAGGCGAUGCCGAUUAUAUCUGCAACUGGCUUGGAAAUAAGGCUUGGACAGAAGCUCUCGAGUGGUCCGGACAGAAGGAGUAUAAGAAGGCUCAGACCAAGGAUCUCCUUUUGGGCGGAGACGGCGAGAAGAUUGGCGACGUGAAGUCAAGCGGCAACCUGACUUUCGUACGCAUCCACGGUGGCGGCCACAUGGUUCCCUAUGAUCAGCCGGCAGCGUCUGCCGAUUUCUUCACCAGGUGGCUGUCUGGUGAGUGGUGGGAGUAGAGUGUUGGGUUGACCUGCGUUGCUUGGCGAUGUCAGCCUUCUUGAACCAUCAAGAACAUGUGAUAUAGAGGAGCAUAUAUGCAUAGGAUUAUGUCUUCUAUCGCUAGCUAUCAGUAUCUCAUUGCAUCGAUAUGUCAGACU